AUAAAGUAAGCGAGGUUUUUUUUCACUCAGGCAGUGAAAUGGGUUGCCAGGGGCGCGGGGUCCUGCGGCUCGUGCACUGCUGUAGUCAUUAGACAGACGCGAGACAUCAAAAUCACACUCGCUCAACAUUCUCAACGAUAACAGAUAAUCAAAGAUGACAUCUAUGUUGUUAACUUCACUGAGGAGCAGCCCUUUGACAUCUUUUCAGGCUGCUCAGUUUGCUGCUCGUUCUCUCAGCACAUCUGUUCAUCUGCGAGCUCAAGCAAAGAGCAAAAAGACUCUGGCCAAACCAGGAGUGAAGAACAUUGUUCUAGUUGAUGGCGUCCGAACUCCUUUCCUCCUGUCUGGCACCAUAUACGCUGAUUUGAUGCCUCACGAUCUGGCGAGAGCUGCAUUACAAGGUCUGCUGAACAGAACUGGUCUCCCUAAAGAUGCUGUUGAUUAUAUUGUCUAUGGAACUGUUAUUCAGGAAGUGAAGACCAGUAAUGUGGCCAGAGAGGCGGCUCUUGGUGCUGGAUUCUCAGAUAAGACUCCUGCUCACACAGUGACUAUGGCGUGUAUUUCCUCCAACCAAGCGAUGACCACAGCUGUCGGUUUGAUCGCUGCCGGUCAGUGUGAUGCCGUCGUCGCUGGUGGAGUAGAGUUUAUGUCUGAUGUUCCCAUCCGUCACAGCCGCAGGAUGAGGAAGACGAUGCUGUCACUUAACAAAGCAAAAACCCUCGGGGCUCGACUCUCUCUGCUGGGCUCCAUCCGCCUCGCUCACCUGGCACCUGAGCUUCCAGCUGUGGCUGAGUUCUCCACAGCCGAGACAAUGGGUCACUCGGCGGACCGUCUGGCAGCUGCGUUCGGUGUGUCGCGUUUAGAGCAGGAUGAAUUUGCUCUGCGAUCUCACACCCUCGCAAAGAAAGCUCAAGACAGCGGGCUGCUCAGUGAUGUCAUCAGCUUUAAAGUGCCAGGGAAGGAUAUUGUGUCUAAAGACAAUGGGAUCCGUCCUUCCACCAUGGAACAGUUGGCCAAACUGAAACCUGCCUUCAUCAAGCCUCACGGCACAGUGACGGCCGCAAACUCCUCCUUCCUGACUGAUGGAGCGUCUGCAGUUUUGAUCAUGUCAGAGGAGAAAGCUCUUGCUAUGGGUUACAAGCCUAAAGCGUAUCUCAGAGAUUUUGUGUACGUGUCUCAAGACCCAAAAGACCAGCUUCUUCUCGGGCCGACCUACGCCACACCAAAGGUCCUGGAGAAGAGCGGUCUGACCAUGAACGACAUCGAUGUGUUUGAGUUCCAUGAGGCUUUUGCUGGUCAGAUCAUGGCAAACCUGAAGGCAAUGGAAUCGGACUGGUUCGCCCAAACAUAUAUGGGCAGAAAAACUAAGGUUGGUGCUCCUCCGAUGGAGAAGUUUAACUCAUGGGGAGGUUCUCUGUCUCUUGGACAUCCAUUUGCGGCCACCGGCUGUAGACUGGCGACCACUGUCGCCCACAGACUGCAGAAGGAGGGUGGUCAGUACGGCUUGGUGGCUGCGUGUGCCGCUGGAGGACAGGGUCAUGCUAUGGUGAUCGAAGCUUAUCCCCAGUAACCAUCAAACUUCCACAGACUGUAACACAUGGACUCUGUAAAUAACGUGCCGUAUUGCCUUGAAAUGUUCAUGAUCCAUCCAUUAUCUGGAGGUUCUUGAUUUGAAAUGC